UGCUCAAUGCAGCGAUGAUAAUCCAUAUUUAUCACAAUGAGCCAAUCAGAUGAUUCGUUUCUUGAAUACUCUCUAUGACUUCAGCAAAAUGGUCGAAGCAGAGCUUUUGACUCGUGGAUGGCAUCUUUCUAAAGAUGGGAUUGAGCGAUGCAAGGAUGGAGUGCCUGCUAUGUCAGUGGAUGCUCUUACAAAGAGAGCUCUGGAUAUUGACCUGAAGCAGAUUGGGUCCAAUGCUCUUCCAGCAGACAUUGGCAAGGCAAAAUCUGACAAGAUCCAGGGUCCCUAUGUGUUGCAGAUUCAGAAAGUGCGUAACAUAGGAGCACCCAAGGCCAAUGAGGAAUCUUCUAUGGCUCCUACACUUCUAAGACUUCAGCUUACUGAUGGUCAUACCACAUGCCUUGGGGUUGUCAUGGAAACAAUAUCACAAAUAAGUCUGAACACUCCCCCUGGUACCAAAGUAUUAUUAAAGGGCAGUGUGGACAUGACCAAUGGAUUGCUUAUGUUAUCACCAUCAACCCUGAAGGUAUUGGGUGGUAGAGUGGAGGAUAUGGUACAGAGAUGGGAAGUAGCCAAGCAACUGGCUCACCAUACAAGGACGACUCUGGUUGGAGAAGGUGCACCGCCCCCAUGGGUACCGUUUGGUCAACGUCAUCGGGUUCAAAACCACUCUGACAGUAGGCAGAAGAUAGAUGGACCAGGCAAGAAGCGCACCCUAAACCUUGAUAAGAACCGGGAGCAGACCGAUCAGGAUCGAGAGUUUGAGGAGCAGAGAAAAGCAGCUAUCAGAGAACUUGACCAGGCCAGAGGUCAAGGGGGAAAGAAGUUUGGAGGAGGGGGUACCAAGGCAGGAGGUCAGGAUAAUGACACAAAGGAAAAUCAAGGUGGAACCAGAUCAAGCUAUUCAGACAGGAGAGGAACUGGGUCAAGUGGAGGUGCACUUAAUGAAAACAAUAGGAACAGUCAGUCUUUUGCAAACUAUAGAGAACUGGGUUAUGAAAAAAAGCCGGAUGACAAGUCGAUAUCACAGCUUGUCAGCAUGGGAUUCUCCAAGGAGGAUGCUGUAGCUGCACUGAAGAAGCACUCAGGAAACCUUGAUGCUGCAGUAGACUCUCUGGUGGGAGGGGGAAGUAACCAAACCAGUGUUGGCAGCGGUGGGAUAACUAAUACAUCAAAUACUAGAAGUAGCUCUGGACCACCACAGAGGGGAAGGGACAGGCCAGAAAGGGGAUCAGGUGGUUUUAAAGGUCGUAGAGGGAGGCGUGGUGAUGAUGAUGAGGAUGAGGAUGCUCCCUCCCAGCCUUCUGCUCCUACAACUCUCUUUGACUUUCUGGAAUCCAAGCUUGGUCCAACUAAAGCAGAAGCAUACAAACCUAAAGAAAAGGAUAGCAGAGACCAUGGAGAGAAAAAUGACCGUUCAGGCCGUUACGAAAGGGAACAGUCCAAAACAGGCAGGGAUGCUAGUGGGAAUAACUUUACCCAUAAUGUCCGGGAGACGCCACCUAGAUUCCAGAAGCUACAAGCUCAGAAACAAGCCCAGAGACAAAUGGGGGACAACCAACCAGGAAACAAAGACAAUCGAGGUGGUAGGAGAGGGGAUAGACAGGAUAGGUAUGAUGAUCGAAGGAGAGAUGGGAAGAAGAAUAACGAAUGGACUAAUGAUAAGGAGGAUGCAUCCCAAGGGUAUAAGAAUGAUUCAAGGUUUAGGAACGAGAGAAAAGACGGAGGGUAUCAAGAUAGGAAUGAUAGAAGGUUUGAUGGACAAUCACGGGGUAGUAAAGCAGACGAGUAUCAGAAUGAUAGGGGAUACCAGGGAAGGGAUAGGAACAGUAGACCUGAAAGGUUCCAAUCGGAUAGGGGAAGGAGCUCCCAGAAAGAUGGCUACCAGAAUGACAAUGGCUACCAAGGACGUGGUAAUCGCCGAUACGAUGGCCAGGGAAAGUCUGGCGAUUCAAGUAGGUACAACAGCAGUAAGAAUGAUAAUACCCCUGAAAAGACAUACCGACUUAUGGAGAGAAAGAAAGACAAUGUUCCAGCGCAGGAGGAAAGUCAAUCUACAAAGAAGAGCAACGGAAAAGAAACAUCUCAGCAGGAUGGUGUUGGGAACUGGAAAGGGCUUGGUCAAGAGGAGAAUGCCGUCAAGAAUCAGGUUAAUAGUAGAUCAGACUUCCAGCCCUUGAACCAGCAGUCACAACCAUUUAUACCUCAGCAACAGAUGGUUAGUGAUGCAGGGAGGAGGGUUGCUGAUACAACCAACCAGGGUUUGAACCAAGGACCUGUGGUGAGGACUAAAGUCAUGACCAAUGGACCAGAAAUGAUUCCUCAGGGUCAAGGCAUGCCUAUGUUACCAUUCAAGGAAGGAGAUCACUGCCUUUCAAAGUACUGGGAGGAUGGCAAGUUUUAUGAGGCACAAAUUACAGCCAUUCAUCCAACAGGGAAAACUUGUAUGGUGAAGUUUGUAGAAUAUGGAAACUUUGAGGAGGUGCUAAUCACUGAUAUAAUGCCAUCUCCUGAUCAGCCCUGGACUGCGCCUCCACCACCAAUAGCUGCAGUACAUCACCAACAACAGCAGCAGCCCCCGCAGCAGCAACAGUUCAUCCCUGCUGCCCCAUCCUACCCCCAACACUACCAACAACCCCCACCCAUGGCACAGCUAGUCCCUGGUCAAACGCCACUGGUGCCAGACUACGGCAACUAUGACGGGUCGAUGAAUAUGACCCUUGAGUUCCGGAAAGGAGGUGAAGGGCCGUUUGUCUCCAAGCAGGGUCAGGAUCCUGGAGGGUACAGAAAUGAUAGGCGGAACCAGAGACCGGCUCAAGCUUUCUACCAACCUCCGCCCAGGAGGUGAUGGAAUAGAUCUUAAUAUGAACUUUAAUGUGACAGUCUCGAGACAAGGGUUGAUUAGAUACUCUGUCUUGCCGUCACAACGUGUUUGUGGAAUUAAAGAUAGGGAUGGGUAAUCUACAUCAUAUGGAUAACAACUGCUUUGCUUGCUAUAAACAAACAAAUUUUUGGUAUUUAUCUUUGGACCUUUGGAUAAAUUGAAUGUAUCUCUCUCAUAUCUCUUGCAUACAUACUUCUUUAGAUUAUUUUCGGAGUAUGUCAUGGAUGAGAUGUUGAAAUGAUCACUUUAGCUGAAAGGUCCUCACAAUUCUGAGUCCUCAUGAAUCCCGAUAGGUUUGGUCUUCAGGAAAAUUGUAGGACAAAUUCUGAAAACAUAUAUAUGUCAUUGUUGAAUUAUGUACUCAAUAUAUUAAUAUUAUAAUAAUUUUCAAUCUUAGUGUUCAAUACAUAUAGUUUUCCCAUUACAAAUAUGCAUUAUGUCAUUUAUGAUCCAUUGUUUCCCAUUAUAAAUGGAAAGACUAUUCAAUUUAUGCUCAAUUUUGAUUUUGUUUUUAUGUGGACUUAUUAAUUUCACUCAUGUAGCAGAUGAUUACGUAUAUUUGCUUCCUUCGUAUUAUUUCCUCUCUAUUGGGUGUGAGUUACAAAUUGUCAUUUGGUUUGUGGAAGAGUGGGUAUAUCUUUUCUGUGAUUUCUAAAGUUUUGUUCAGAUUACUUUAAACAUGAAGCCAUAGCUUUCCCUAGACUAAGCAUAGACUGGAUGACUCGAAGUAGAUGCACUGAACAGCGGAGCCAUCAUGGAGAGUGUUGCCAGUGAAAAUCACGGACAAAAACCUCCAUGAAAUGCUCUGAUAAUGAUCAUAACUGGAUGUGUUAUCUUCUAGUAUGUUGUUUUCUGUCUGUCAGUGCUCCUUUGCCAAUCAUAUAUGAUGCCCCUUCAGAUGCGUUCAUAUUUCAAACCACCACUUCUACAUGUUUCAUUUGUAUGCUAUCUCAUUAUAGUUCUCCGGUAUUUGUUAAUGAAAUACCACACUUUCAGAAGUGCAGUAGGGAUGUGCGUGUUUUAAUCAUUCAUGGUAUUGUGAUGGUGUACUGUAGUUCGAUACAUGUCUUAGCACUAACACCCUCUGGCAAGGUAUUUAUUUGUAUUUUCUUGGACCCUUUGCAGCAAGAUUUGCAACCAAUGGCAACUUCCAAAAUCAAACACAACUUGAAUUUUAAUCACUCAGAGCCAUGCAAUUUGGACUUGCAUUGGAUGGUUUUUUGUAUGCAACUUUGUCUGCAGAGGUCCCAUGGAGAUAGAGGCCCGUAUUCUGAAGUCGGGUUUAACUUAAACUCAGGUUUAAAGUUGUGGUUUAAGUAUGGAUAGCCAAUUGUUACAUAAAUCAUUAACGGUAGAGAUGUUAUAUUUCAGCUCAUUUGGCUCUCAAAUCAUUCAUAAUUGUCUGGAAGUGUAAAUAGAUGAUUGUCUUCACCAUCGAUGAAUCAGGAAAGAGAACAGUAAACAUAAGAAACAUACAACUUAAUAAAAAAAAAUUGAGACUUUUGGCUUACCAUAAUUUUAGCACAGAGUUAAACCAUGGUCGAAGUUAAACCUGACUUCAGAAUACGGGCCAGAGAGUUUGCUUGUGUCACAGUUCUCCUGUGAUAGUUUUUCUAGCUUGAUAUUUUGAGAUUCAAGAUUUGUCAAGAUUCAAAUGAUAUCUUUAGAGAAAAAAGGUAAUGGCUUUCUUCUUACUGCAAUAGACGUUUUGAUUUUGGAAGAUUGUGAGGAAAAGGACUGGAUGUUUUCAAACCAUAUAUUACGCCAACUCUCAUCCUAGGCCAUGUGAUGAAAUCUCAGUCAUCUAUGAUGUUUUGGUCAUCUAAGGAUGGUUCAUUUUAUUUAUGAAUAAAUUGAAUGAAAAAAAAAAUAAUUUAAAAACUUGUGUCAUGUAUGUAAUUUUCAAAUUCAAUUUUUUUUUCUUUACCAAAAUUUUAAUAUAAUUAAUUUGCUCCUUUAUGUAAAAGUUAGAUUGAAGCAGAAUGUUGAAAUAUAUCUCUAAAAUGCAGCUGAAUACACAUUGUCGACCACCUAAGGUUGCAUUCCAUAUAUCUUGUUAAAAUAACAAAUUUGCAAUAAACAGUUAAAAUUUACUGAAAUCAUUGAAGUUCACUGACUGAUAGUAAACUUAUAUUGUGCUUUUGUUAUUCCAACAAGUCUGUAUAUGAAAUCAGCCCUCGGUGAAGAAAUGCCAUAUUUACCAUUAUCUCAGAAACGUGUUGCAAUUUAUUUCUCAUUUCAGGCAAUUCUGAUACUCCAUGGUAAUGAUGAAUGUGAUGUGAAGAUAGUGUUUGCUAUCAUCUAAUUUCCAACAUUUGUCUGAAUUGUAGUCAUUAGAUAUUCUGAAUUAUAGUCAAUAGGGGCUAUUCCACGGUUACUCACGUUACAUUUGGAGACACCUUGACUCAUACUUGGAGCUGUAACUCCAUUAUUAUUGAUAGGAACUAAACAUCUCUUUAUCACAACAUAGUACGCAGUCUGACUUUCCUUUGUAUAAAAACAAAACUGGGGAAAUUUCAUUAUGCUCCUGGCAAAUCUUUGAAAUGUGUCGGUUACUCAUGUUACAUGAUUUAGACAUGCAUAAAAUGAAAAGUGGACAUAAGUGAAAAGUGUCCUCAUGCAAGGCUUUUAUGAAAGUUGAUUAUAUCCAUUUCAAAGAAGUAUAUUAGGGAGACAAAUUUGUAUAUAAUUUAAAAAAUAAAGAACACAUGGUUUUUACUAGGGGUGCAGAUAAAGUGGUUACUCACGUUACGGUUCGGAUGGGCUAUAUGUACAAAGACACAUUGAGCGCAUGUCCACCAACCUAUGGAAUUGCCCAUAGAUAUUAUGCCAUUUGUAACAUAGGGGGUCAUUUAAAUGACCAGACUAUUGCCAGCAUUUCAGUCUUUACUAACAGUACGUGGUGUAUGUAAAAGAUUCAGAUGACCACUGAUAUAUAAAUCGUGUUUAUAUAUUCAUUUUCAUGGGUAGAAUCCCUUAUCAAGUCUUUUCAUAAUGAGAUUCUGUUUGUUUUUUAAUGACUAAGAAAUAGUGGCACUACUUGACAGAAUCCAGAAACCCGUCAUUAAAAACUGAUAAUUUGCAUGCUCAUGAAGAGCACGGGAGAAUGUGAAGACACUGCACAAUACUGAAAAGAAGUGAGGGACUUCUUAUUUGUCUGGACAACUCUAACAAGUGCAUACAUACCUACUUAUGAAAAAAUGGAAUAUGGGAGAUUCUGUUAUUCAAAAGAAGUCUUAUGUUUUUACAUACUCAAGAUUCAGUAGGUUUUUGUGUAUUUUCAAUCAUAUUCUUUAAGCCCGUGCUAAUUUCCUUGUUUGGAGAGAUUAGUUUUAGGGGUAGUCUCAUGUUAGCUGGAAUGGAUGAAUAUCAGGGCUAGUAGUCUGAAAUUGAGUCUCGUCAUAAAGGUAGUGCAUCAUUGUUGAAGUCUGCGGGCAGGAAUAAAAGGAAAGUGGGCUUGCUCUAAACACAUGAAUCAAUAAAGGUAUGAAUUUACCUUUUCAAAGUAGACAAAUUUGCUUCUGGCACUAUGAGAAAGUAUACCAUAUCUUGUUCUAGUGUAUAUUCAACCAUACCAGAAUGUUUUAGACACAAUGGAAGUCAUUUUAAAGUAGCAACAAAUGUCAAGGUUUGCUCUAAACCAUUCCUGAGAUUGUGACGUGGCAGGCUGUGUGUGGGCCUGAACAGAUACCAUAAAAACUUUAUGGUAUGGUAAUACGUUAUUGAAAAAGAAUUUAUCAUAAAUUAAUAUCUUGUUAUAUGAAUGAUCACUUUAUGGUGUAUUAAGCGUACGCAAUUUGUCUGAUUUGAAGGUUUGCAAUUAUAAGUUACAACAGUAACUGGAAAAAUGAUUUGGAUUUGAAUCUUACCUGUAGUUAAAGUUGCAAACUGAUGUGGAUUACAUGAACCGGUAACUAAAUGCAAGUCAAAUGUGCACAGGAGAAGCCACAAAACUGUUUCUUUCUAUAGCAAUGAAAUCAUUACACACGAGAUUGGAAAUCAAUUAUCAGAUUUACGACCCUGGUAUUUUACAGUGUGCCGAAUGCCCAAACCAACAUAUAAUCAUGAUUUAGUGAUUUUAUCAAUUGUUAUGACUGUCUUCCAGUACAAAAUAAAACAAUUUUGAGCAUUUAUACCAAA